AUGUCAGUGCCGCGAGACGAGCUUAUCCAUCGACAAAUUCCGUCCAUGGUGAUGAGCGACGGCUCCGCCACCUCCAAGACGAGCGUCCCAGAGCCCGCGCCGGCGAGCACGUCCCCCGCCGACCGCGCCCGAUUACGCUUCGCCGUGACGGGCAACGCCAUCGUCGCCGGCGGCACCGGCGACAUUGGCCUGGUCGCCUGCCGGGCGCUCCUUGAGCAUGGCCUCCAAGGGCUCGCCAUUCUGGACCUGUCGCCCGAUCAGGGCGCCGCCGCGGCCGCCCGCUUCCGCGCCGACUUCCCCCUUGCGACCAUAACUUUCCAAAAAGUCAACGUGACAGACGCCGAGGCCGUCACCAGCGCCGUCGCGCAGGCGGAGCAGGACCUCCAGGGACCCAUCAGCACCUGCCUCUGCUUCGCCGGCAUCGUCGGCGCCGUGGACGCGCUCGACAUCCGCCCGGAGCAGUUCCGCGGCAUGCUCGACGUCAACACGACGGGCAGCUUCCUCGUCGCGCAGGCCGCGGCGCGGGCCAUGGUGGCCAGCGGCACCGCGGGCAGUAUCGUGCUGACGGCGAGCAUCUCCGGCCACGUCGUGAAUUACCCGCAGCCGCAGGUGCACUACAACGCGGCCAAGGCGGCGGUGCUGUCGAUCAAGAGCUCGCUGGCGGCCGAGUGGGGACGGCACGGCAUCAGGGUCAACAGCAUCAGCCCGGGGUACAUGGACACGAUUCUGAACGAGGGCGAGGGCCUGGCGUCGCUUAGGAGGGCUUGGGUGGAGAGGAUGCCCUGGGGGAGGAUGGGUAGUCCGGAGGAGCUGACGGGUGCGGUGGUGCUGUUGGCGAGCAGGGCGGGGAGCUACAUAACGGGCGCGGAUAUUUUGGUGGAUGGCGGUAUUUCAGUGUUUUGA